UCUGCCGGCGUUUUGAUUCAAUUUUUUUGCGAUAUUUAAAGUUGGUUAUAGUGCUUAACAACGAAAUGCCACGAGCAAAUCAGACUGAAAAUACGGACGGACACAGUCGCAAACAGCGGUCUCCAUCCAAAAGAACUUCUACUAGUUCUAGGUCAUCCAGUAAAGCAGGGGAUAGAAGAAAGAAAAGAGAUGUGCCACCAAAUUGUAGCCCACGGCAACGCAGAAAAUUUCGUCCUGGAACAAAAGCUUUAAUGGAAAUCAGGAAGUUUCAGAAAUCAACUAAUUUGUUAUUGCGAAAAUUACCAUUUGCUCGGGUUGUUAGGGAUGUAUGCACCAUGGUUUGUCCACACUCCAAUAUGUUAUGGCAAGCAAGAGCUAUCAUGGCCUUGCAAGAGGCUGCAGAAGCCUACCUAGUGUAUCUGUUUGAAGAUGCCAAUGUGUGUGCCAUCCACGCCAAGCGAGUCACCAUCUUCCCAAAAGAUAUCUGGUUAGCCAGAAGAUUACGGGGCGAAUACUCAAAGUGAGACCAGCCGACAACAGAGAAAUUAAAAAAAUAUAUUUAUAUGUUUAUCAAAGAUAACAGUUGUCCUAAAGUGAAGAGUGUUUUUACAAAACCUAUGUCCACAUAUUGUGGAAAAUGGAGAUGCAUGUAAUUACAUUGCUUGUUUGAUAUACAGUAGAAUCUUGUUGGGUCGAAUACACUGCAAUGCUCGAACCGAGAAUGAAGUCCCGAGUUACACUUCACGUUGUUGACAGAACUACCUGAUGGGUGAAACACUUUCUCAAGCACCAACCGAGUUCAAGCCAACAGGAUUCAUCUGUACUUUGCAAGGUUACAUGCAGAGUGGUUAUUCCAAAGUAGAUAAAAAUCACUUUUAUGGUUGAUGUAGACCGAUGGUACAUACAUAUACUCUUCAAAUUUUUAAGGAUCACAUCUUUAAAUGGGUCCAAUAGAAAAUGUCACAUCAGUGUGGUUCUCAUGAAUCUCAUGCAAAUGAAAUUGCUACAUUAUCAUUUGUGUUUCAAAUACUUUGUUUGAAAGUUAUAAAGUUUAUUUUGUUUAACUAGAGCACAUUGAUUAAUUCAUCAUCAGCUAUCUUUUGUAUGCACUUUCCCACAGACAGGAAAGCACAUACCACGACCUUUGACCAGUUGUGUACCUUUGUUUUGAUACCCAAUAGCUGAUGUGUCUUUUUGUGCUGGGGUGUCAUUAAUUAUAAUAAUUGACAGCAAGUAUACUUCUGAUUAAAAAAUAUGAAUAAAAAGAACCAUGCACACUUGUUGUAUGAACAUCUAUGCGUAGGGUUGAACUGUGACAUAGUCGAUCAUCUGAUCAGCGGUUAUGACCUCUCAAAUGGCAUAUUCCACAAUGUGAAGAGAUGAUAAAUAUCACAUGGGUAUCUCUUCCAAUGCAUUGUAAUUAAUAUAUUUAUUUGAUGUUAUUUUUUAAUAUAAA